AUGUCUGAGCUGCUCACUUUCCCCGCAUCGUCAGCGGCCAUGCUGAAAUCUCGCUUACCCCCGUCGACUCUCGCCCAAGGAACCCCCUCGCGACCCUUCGUUACCCUGACCUUUGCAACUUCGCUCGACUCGUCACUUUCUCUCGCACCUGGUGUACGGACCCGGCUCUCUGGGCCCGGCUCCAAAGCCAUGACCCACUAUCUCCGUUCGCGCCAUGCGGCCAUCCUCAUCGGUGUCUCCACCCUCCUAGCCGACUCGCCUGCCCUGAACUGCCGCAUCGCUGGUGCUGCAAGACAGCCCCGUCCCAUCAUUAUCGACCCCCAUCUCCGCUGGGUUCCUGACCCCACGGAUAAGGUCCUCGAGGUCGCACGUCUCGGCACCGGCCUAGCGCCCUUUGUCCUGACCGGGGUGGGUUCCGAGAGCUUGCCUGCCGCGAGUGUUGCACUGCUUGAGCAGCAUGGCGGCAAAUAUAUUCAUGUUCCAGCCACGUCUUCAGGUCCUGGCAGCCGCAUGCGUUUUGAUUGGCGCGCUGUCUUUGAUGCACUGCUCCACGAGCAUUUGACCAGUGUCAUGGUUGAGGGGGGUGGCCAGAUCAUCAACUCGUUACUCAACCCGACCUUCCACGACAUGAUUGACUCGGUCAUCGUCACCAUUGCGCCCACCUGGCUCGGUCAAGGGGGCGUUGUCGUAUCUCCGGAUCGGCUCCAGGACUCUGCAGGUGUUCCGGUCCCAGCUGCAAGGUUAUCCGAAGUGUCGUGGCAUCCCUUUGGUGAAGACGUUGUUUUAUGUGGGAAGCUGCAUACCUAG